AUUGCUUCAACUUUGCUUUGGAUUCUUGUUCACCGUUUCUUCGACUUGGGGAUUGCGAGUUCGAGCCACAUUCACGUCUCCGCCGAAUUACGGGGGGCGUAUCAAACUCCCGCUACUGGGCUCCACGAUUCGGAUCUGCCUGGCUACCGCAAUAUGCAUAUACAAUGUCUGGUUCUGGUUCACUGGUAUCGAUAAGCUGAACGUCGACCCAACUUGCAACCACGGGGCUUCUUGUUUGCUUCUGUUAAUUUAUUGAAAGGUGCUCGCGUUUUCUUCCAAAUCACAGCAGUUUUGACUACUAUCACUUAUGGGAUGGCUACUUGCUCUGAAAUCAUAUUGUUCGUCUUCAAUUGGGUAUUCUAUGGUAUCAUGGCUGCCUCGAUUGCUGCUUUGGUCGCUUUCCAUCAAGAUCUACAUUCGCAUGGCUCUAAACCAAAGAAACGGCAUACAGUUAGAGCAAUACUCAGAUAUGCUCCUGUCGUCCUCGGCGGAAUUCCCUGGAUAAUGGUGAACGGAGAUUACGAGGUCGGAUUGAAAAGACCGCGGUCAUGGCUCCUCAUCUUGGUCUUAAAUGCAAUUCUCGUUCUUUCCCUUGCGACACUCGGAUCUGCCACCCUAGGUGGAAUUUCGGAUCUCUUUAAUUCUGUCAUAAAUUUGUUCCGAAUCUGCGGAACCAGUCAAAAGAAGACCGCCAAAGCACCACCUCCUACUUUAGUUCAUCAAGAGCCACGGAACCAGUCUUCCCCCUCUGUGGGAGGUAAUCACGCAUCCUAUCGCCAAACUAUGCAAACUGCGACUGGCAACAACGCCGAAACCCAAGCUUUCAAGGCGGAGACCUAUGAGGAUGAGACAGAAGCAGACGUACCCAAAGCCCCGUCUCUUCAAGAAACCGAUCUACAAGUCGCAAUGGCAGUUCCACUUCCCGAUUCCGAGACUGAGAGCGUUGCAGAAGUCAGACCCAAGUUGACGUCAACGGAACCACUCGAAUUACAGACAUCACGCAGUGCUCUCAGUGCUCCCAGUGCUCCCUCGAAAUGGUCCAAAUUCUUCUCGUGGAAGAAGUUCAAAAAAUUCAUAAAGAAUAUUUGGGAAUGGCUAGGACACUUGGAUUUCUCCAAUCACAAAUCUCUAUAUAUUCUAACGGUCCUCAACUUAAUUUCUCUCGUCUGGUCAGUCCUCGCAAUCGAGCUGAUGAUUAGGUGGAACAACAUCACCGAAGUCUACACAAUACAGUCAGUCGGUCAACUGAUACCAUUUGUCAUUGGUAUCGUGGGGUUCUUGAAAUUAGUGCGUGAUGUCUCCGUCGAGCGAACAGCACUUUGGAUAUACAGUGUUAUUAUGGAAUCCCUCUUGGACUUCGACCGCAGCGUGGAAGCGGACUCUGACCAUCCAGUCGAUCUCGAAACGUUGAAUGCCCAGAAAGUCAGAGGUGGAAGCCAAAAGACUAGGAACAGUCCUGUUGGAUUAGGCUCAUUUAUUUUCUCUACUCUACGAGGUCCUCGCAGCAUCGAAGACAAAGCUCUUGCAGGAGAAUCAUCGCCUAUUCUCUUAACGUCCAUUGGUGACCAGAUAAUAACGGUCCUUCAGAAGGAGGCCGAUAGAUCUGAGGAGUCGAUUCGGAGGACUAAUGCUAGGUUGGCCUUGUCAAUCAUGCUUAAAGCCAAGGACACAAACAUCGAUUCGCAGGAAGGGCUGAGAAAAGCGCAAAAAGAAUCUCUAGAAGAGCUUCAUAAUAUCGACAUUAACCCCCAUGAACUUGCAGUAGCUUGGCUAAAGGAAUAUAUGAAAGCAUAUGAGAAGUAUGUUCUAAAGCGACGGGAGAAAUGGAAACAAGAAAAAGCGCGUAGGAGGUUAGGGACCGGGAAGGGACUCGGGACUCGGGAAGCGGGAUACGGGAAGCGGGAAAGGUCGGGCUAGGGUCGUCUCAGGGUCGCAGUCCGGGGUUGUUGAAAUUGGUACGCUACCAUAGCUAGCUUACCAGUCCUUCCAGCACCAGGUUCAACCACUAAUUUAGGGUUCUCCACUCUCAUUUGUCAUGCGUCACUCGCCGAGCUUACCAAGCUUACUAGUAUAUCGUCAUUUUGAUUACCUUUAAUUUAUUAGCUGAUUGAUAAUAUAUCGGAGAAAGCGGGCUCGGCAUUACCGGUAUCGCCGAAGGGUAAUGGGAAUAAAUCCCUUACUUUGGACACUUUUCCUCUGUUUUUACAACUCACUCUUCUAUAUCUAGUCAAUCUGCAGUCUGUUAACCUUUAAUAUAUCGAUUUUCCAUUAAUAAAUCGAUUACUUUCCAAUAGGUUC